CUCAUUUCCCUUUUCUUUCCUUUUUUUUUUUCUUUUUCUUUUUCCUUUUCUUUUCUAGUUGGGAUUUAGAGCCCAUAUUGGGAUUGGGGUGAAGAAGAUAAGAGAAAAUGCUGAGAACAACACUCCCAGUUGCACCAUCUUCUUCUUCGACGUGUUGUCUUUCAGUUUGCAAACCUUCAAUGCGGCCGCCGUCUCCGAACUUCUCUUUUGUUCUCAUCAAUGGCGACGAUACCAGUGCCUCCAACAGUAACAAUCCUUCUUGAAGACUCACUCUCUUUCAACUUAGCAUUGGUGAGUGAAUUUUUUGUGGCUUUAUAUACUUAAAUCCUUUGAUAGAAAAGUAGAUUUUGUUUUUUACUUGAGGAUUGUGAUGGAAAUUUGUGUUUGGUUGCUAAGAAACUGUGAAAACUAGA